AUGUCGGUCUCACGAUCCUCCUCUAACAUCCGCCUCUCCCUCCUCCUCGCGCGCAUCGACGCCCUCCUUCUUCACACCUCCCGCCUACUCUCCACCUCUUCCGGCAUCGAGAGUACCCUCAGCACCAUCUUCUUCACCUCUACCAUCGCCCACGUCUCUAUCUACCAGUUCCUACUGGAUCGCCACAAAAGACUCGCGAAGCAGGCUGCUCGUCAACCUACCUUCCUCGAAGCCCGUGCCGCAUUCUCCGCCGCCCUUCCAGCUCCCAAGCUCUCGCGCACGUGCGUAGCACUACGGGUCCUCGCGCGGACCAGCGGGGAAUCAUGGAUGUUCCUACGUCUACUCGGGCUGUUCCACGUCUACCGCUGGGCACACGAUAUCUGGGAGAAGCCUCAUCGUGAUCCAGCGAUAAAGGUGCUGCUCUGGGUAGAAGUGGGGAUGGCAGCAUGUGCCCAGGCAAUGGAGAACGUAGUCUAUCUUGCGCUGAAAGGAAUACUGCCCGGUAAGCGGAAAGCGGCGAAAUGGAUGGUAGUCUCAGACCGCCUCUGGACAGCGCAGGUGGUGCUGGAGAUGCUGAAGCUGGCGCGUGUGUGGCAAAUGGGUUGGAGGGAGGAGCUGGGGGCAGAAAAGAGGGAUGAUGAGGUUGGGGUGGAAGAGGAAGAUGUGGGCUACUGCGGGCUGGAUGCCUAUGGCCCUUAG